GAUGGUUCCACAAAAUUCAUUUUGAGAAGAAAAAUAAUUAAUAGCACAAGUGACAGUGACACAAAACAGCUGUUUACCAUUUAAUUGUGAAUCUGCUGAUGCUUUCAGUUUCCGUUCUCGUUCCCGUUCCCGGUCAAUUGUGCAGCCGCCUUAAUUCUACCAACUUUUUUAUUUGCGUACACGGUAGCGUAUACCCUAGCCACAACGUGUUUGGAAAAAUUUUGACGUUUUGACGUCACACUAUCAUGGUCCAUUUGGUGAUUCGGGGAAAUAAAUUUUUUGGGCCUGGCAACGCUGCUUUGACCAAGUUUGACAGAAAUUUGAAUCUGUUAAUCUGUAGAAAACCAUAGAAUAGAAAACACAGUUCAUAAUUUGUUGAAUGUUGAUAUUUUUAAUUACAUUUCAUUACUAGAAAUUUCAUUAUAGUGGUUGGUAUAAAAUAAAUUAAGUCGACACUUUCUUACUCUUGAGCAGUAUCCACCAAAAUGGAUGAAGGUACAGCUCAAAAAUGUUCUUAUGUAAUUCAAUCCGACCAACAUUGUCUACAAACGACAGCAGGACUAUGCAAUCUAAUGGAACACCAGAGUUUAGUGGAUAUCCUCCUAUGUUGUGGUAAUAAUUGCCUUCAUGCACAUAAAAUUGUGUUAGCAUGUCACAGCAAGCUAUUUAGGACUGAGUUUGAGCAAAAUCCCAACAUAGAGCAGGUUUUAUUCACAGGUUGUGACUUCAAAAUAAUUAAAGCUUUGGUGAAAUUCAUGUAUGAUGGUGAAACGUGUGUAAGUGAAGCAAAUGCCAGUAAUUUUAUUGCUAUGGCUAAAAUGCUUCAUAUCGAUUCAUUGCAUAUACCUCUCAACUAUGAAUUCUCAGAUUCCUUAAUAGAUGUACCGAAACCUAUCUUCAUAACUGCCAAACCAAAAUACCCGACCUUUCCCUUUAAACCUGCUAGUUCUACAGUCAAUAUUUUGAAAUCGACCAACUCCACAAUUAGUAAUUCAAGUCCAUUGCCGAAGGUAAAUCGUAGAAUGUAUUUAGAUGCUGAACACCAGGCUUGUAUGAAAGAAGCCAUAGCUAGUAAGCUAGCGCUUGCGAAUUUGAAAAAAGAGAUAAGUUCAGCCCCUCAACCCCCCAUUUUCAUCAUUGAAGAUUCGUAUACAGAGACAACAGUGGAGAAUUUCAUACCUGCAGAUAGGAAAAACUUCGUCACAUUGGACGUGGAUGAAUUAAAUCCAAAAUUCGAGCAGAAACCCGUCGAUAAAUCAGAUGUAAUACUAACUGUGCAGAACGGAGAACAGCGUUGGACUGCUAACAAGAUCAAGCAAGUUUUAGAGAAUCGAGCAAACUCCAAUGUAGAGGUUAUGUUCAAAACUGCUGAUGGGACUUUUGUUACUGUAACGGACGAAGUGUUGCGGAGUUUACAAAAAGAGGGUUUGCAGUACCAAGUAAUAGACGAGGACGGUAAACUGGGAGAGGUACAAGAACUGAAUUGUCUUCGCAGUGAAUCAGAGGAACAAAGUUCUCAAGAUAACAUAUGUGACAUGGAAUUCCAAGAUACCUACGCCACGAAUUCUGAGCAAAAUCCUCUGGACACUACCAAUUUGAAAUCAGAAAAUGACGUUAUGUUAGAACCAGAACCAACAACAUUAUAUAAAUCAUUCAAUAUGUCAGAUUAUUUGCAACCGUUUUCCAAGACAGAGGAAGAAGAGCGAGUCUCGCCAGUCGAAGAUCGCUUGAAAUUCAGCCCUGAAAUAUUUUUUGCCGAUUUUGGCGAGAAUAUUUAAUUGUUUGAAAUGUUUUCUCCUAAUAGCAGUUUCAAUUCGUGUAUGUAAUUUUAUUUAAGUUCAGUAAAAGUUUUUUAUUCUCUUACAACUUCGAUAUCCCCACCUCAGUGGUAAGCGUAAAAAGGUGCCAUCUACUUUGAUGACCAGUAUAGAAAACAAUGUAAUAAUUAUUGUUUUCUGUCCUUGCGCUACACGAAAUAUAUCCUGAAAUGUAUUUUGCCGGUUUUAGCGAAAAUCUUUAAUUGUAUGAAUUUUUUUUCUCAUAAUAGCAGUUUCAAUUUGUGUAUGUAAUUAUUUAAGUACAGUAAAAGCUCUUUAUUCUGUUAUAACUUCGAUUAUGAUAUAGCAUGAAUAUGGUACAACAAAGUUUAAUAAAAGCUUUGUAACAAUAUUAAUAAAGCAAACAGGAUUUUCGUCGUGGAUUCAAAUAUUUCAUUUUUUUUUCUAUCGAGUCAACUGAUUGUUACAUACAAUCUACGCUGCGCGUCAAAGAAAACGGUCACCCCAAAAAAUAGGUCAUUAUUGAUGUCUCGUGUCUCGUAUCGCCUAAACCUGUCGACCGAUUUAAGUAAUUUUUUCAAUACUUUCUAGCCUAUUCAUUUAAAAUAUCGCUGUAAUCAAAUUGUUGCUAAAGAAGUAAAUCUUCAUUAUAUACCGGGUGUACGAAUCAAACUGUGUUGUUUUCUCAAAGUUCGCAACACCCUGUGGAAUAUUCUGGCAUUUAUAAAAUACUGAAAUUAAAACACAACUAUAGCUUUAGGUUUUCUUAACAUUCUGCUUUUUGAUUCAUUCACUUAUGUUGGAUAAUACAAAAGUUAGGUACUUUAACAACUAGCCAUGUUCUUCAUCAGUACAGGGUGUUUCUAAAUAAGUGCGACAAACUUUAAGGGGCAAUUCUGCAUGGAAAGAUAAUGACCGUUUGCUUUAUAAACAUUUGUCCGCAAAUGUUUCGUUUCCGAAAUACGGGAUGUUGAAUUUUUUUCUUACAAACUGACGAUUUAUUUAUUGCCCUAAAACCGGUUGAGAUAUGCAAAUGACAUUUGGAAGGUUUUAAGAGAUAGUUAUUGC